UGGCGCAGUAUUCUUUCGCAAUAAUCUAGUGUAGACCUUAAUUAGGGUUAUAUAUUAUUGAGUAAUUUAGUAUUGAAUAUCAAUACAAUUGAACUCAUUUUUCCCCAUAGUCUUGUCCAUUAAACGUAAAGUCUCCACGCGAAGUACAAAUAGGAAAUUUACUCAGCACCCCACGGCGAUACCUUCUAAUUUGCUUCCUGCGUUAGUUGUUUUUUGAGGAAAAAAAGUUUAAAAUCUAUGAUCAAAUCAAGAGACAGCCAGUCUUGAGGUUGAUGUUUAAAGCGUUAGGAGCAACUGAAAAUGGCCGAGCAUGAAGUCCAAGUAAACCAAACCUUUGUGAAUACCACGAGAAACUUUACCCUGGACUCCAACGAGAGUUUAGAAGAUAAAGAUUACGUCAAAGCAGGGGCAUAUAUAUUGGUGUUUUUAACUGCUUUGAUUGGGAACACCAUUGUUGUGGUUGUCGUUAGGAAAAACUUUGGAGGAAGAUUGCGAUCUGUUAGCUACUAUUUUAUAGUAAGUUUAGCCGUCGCAGACUUGAUCAUGACCGUUGGCAACCUGCCAGAACGAAUCACAAGAGCUUUUACCGCGGACAAGUGGCUGCUUGGUGGAGAAAUAGGGAUAGCGGUUUGCAAGAUGGCGAACUUUAUCGAAAAAAUGACGAUAUUGGUGUCGAUUUCAAGCCUUACUGCGAUUGCAGUUGAUCGAUUUUUUAACGCUUUCUCGCCUCAUCGUGUUAUUAUCACUGUUAAAAGAAGCUAUAUCAUCAUAUCUCUGAUCUGGAUUCUUUCAUCUAUUUACUGCAUUCCAAUAUUGGUCUAUGGUAACUUACUUCAAAAAGAAAACGGAACCUAUUGUAAGACUCGCAUUUUCUUUCCCAAAUGGACCCUCUGGUUUCUGCCAUUCCUUAUCAUCUUACUCGGUUCAUUAUUUAUCGUAUUUAUUCUAUACUUCGCCAUUUGUGCUAAACUUUGGUGCACGAAGCGACCUGGACGCCAACGACAUGCUUCAAAAACUCAACCCACUGCUCGAGGACUCGUAAACAGGAAAGUACUUAAGAUGGUCACUGUCGUUGUCGUCGCUUUUUACAUUUGUUUUCUACCAUAUUGGCUGGGCUGGAUCUUUUGUUCUUAUCAUUUCACUCCCCUUAUUUGUAACGAUACUUAUUCAUCUGUCUCGAUAUUAUUUUCCUACGUAAACGCGGCUUUAAACCCUAUAAUAUAUGUAUAUUUUAGCGAGAAUUUUCGCGAUGGUUUCACGGCUCUUUUUCCGAAUUUGUGUAGAAGAAUAAGAAAGAGAAACAAAGUGAACCCAACGCGUCCGCACGUGACUAACGCUUUGGCAGGAAUAACAUUACAGUCAGUAACUUUAUAUCAACAGUCCAUGCUAAGUAGCGUUUGAAAUACAAAAAAUACAGUCAUCAGUCGUGAGGAAAAACACUAGAAAAAGCAAAGUGUACAAGUGCCGGACUAAACUUCGUUUUGACGGGAAUCAGUAACUUUAUACUAACCGUCUGCGCUAAGUACCGGUUUGAAAUACAAGAAAUACAGUCCUCAGUCCCACAUGUAACUAAACCUCACUGAUUUGACGGGAAUACCAUUACAAUCAGUAAUUUUAUACUAACCAGCCAUCCAUGCUUAGUCAACGCGUCCGCACAUACACUUGAUGUAACUCAGUUUUGGCUAAGUGUUUGAUCGAAGAAAUACAAUGGUCCGUGAAACAAGAAUUAAGCAACUGUCAGCGCAGUCACAGAAUCUAAAUAAACAUUUAGCGUAAAACAAUAGACCAAGAUAAUAGACCUGCAUGGGCAUAAUGUUUUCCCAUUUCAUAUCACGUGUUAUUCUAUUAAUAAUUACAUUCUGUUGUUUGAGUACAUUGUAUCCAUAUUCAUGUGUCUUCUUAUGCGCGACUGUUAAACAAAGAAACGAUACUUUAGAGAAUGACACGUGGUCUGAAAUGGGAAAACAUUGCAAGUUAAACAUUUCUAGGCAAAUGAAAAUACCUAGGCUGAAAUAUCUGUUGGGAAACUAACUAUUUAUAUUUAUAUAUCGAUCGGACAUUCUGACGUGCGAGAUAUAUGCUUUAGACUUUGAAAAUCAAAGUAGGAUAUUGAUCAUUUACCAUCGAAAUUUUUUUUCUAGAAAAUCAUAUUUCAACAUUUCAUUUAACCAGUGAAUUUUGUCUAAAUACAAUUUCUUAAUAUAAACUGUAAUUAAGAUGCGCCAUCGAUCAAGUGGUAGAUUCGUUUUCUUUGUAGAGAGAAAGUUGAGUUGUCUACUUGAUAGUUAACUUAGUAUGAAUCAGUAAAUAUAUUGG